UUCAAACAUCAGCCGCACCAGCCAAGCAGGAAGUUAGCGAAGUGCUAAAGCUGCAGCACUGGGCGAGUUUUAGUUUUCAUAAUGGUUACAUUUGCUCUGAUCAUUUAGAGAUUUUUUACUGGCAUUGAAAAUAUAUUUUAAACCAAAGAUUUAAAAUUCAAAUCAAACGUCAGUUAAAGUUACACGUAACGCGGAAUAUCUUAAUAUGUGGGACCCCAAUCCGUACUCGGUGACUCCAGCAGCAAAAGUCCUGGCGAGAUGCGUUACGUCUGGCACAAUGUCCCAGAAAGAGCUCGAUGCUUUACCACGAGAACCGGAGGUAUUUUCCCCUCGCCUGCUUGAAGCUGAGCAGUUCAACAGAAUCAAGCAUGAGAUUGACCAGGUGAGUUUGGAUUUGGAACUGCUAAGACUUGAGAAAAACAGUGCAGAUGUGACUCACAACUAUUAUCUCAGUCAGCGGUUUGCAUCCUUACAGCAGUUUACUUCCCACCUGCAGGACAUGCUGAGAGAGCAGACAAGUUUACGACAAAGGCUUAUGAAACCUCUUUGUCAGCAGAACCUGCCAAUACAGGCUGAUCUUCACAGGUAUGUGGUGGAGCUCAUGGGAAUGGUGGUGGAGUUCAUUGAGAAUUUGGAAAUGAAAAUAAAGAUGGUCCGUUCGAUUCCGACCACCGAUGAGUCUUUAAGUAAUCUGAACAAUGCCAUGACGCAGCUCCUGGCUCAAGUCACAGAGGUAGAGAGUCUGACCAAGCAACUGCUUCAGCAGCGAGAACAGUCAAAGGACGAUAUCAAAGACAUAUCCAGUUGAGAGAAUGGUAAACUUCAGGGACCAUCCUACAAAACAUAAAAACACAAACAGUUCAAAAAGUUCAUCUGACAGACUGACAUCGUCGGGUCCAGAUUAGAGUGGCAACAACAGACAGUGAAACAAACACUUAGUAAUUGAAUAAAGAAGUGUUUAUCAUUGCUUUAUUCAUAAUCUGCCACACUCUUGAAAUUGAGUUGGAUCUAGAUUCCUGCUGGCUUGAGUUUUCCAUUGAGUGGCUAGGACAGUCCUGCAUGAACACCUGAUUGUCUUAGGAAAUCUGAAAAAAGACAUUAUCAAAAGAACGUUACAAAAGUCUUUGGAAAAAAUUCAGUCUUUACCUUAAGGCUUAUGUAUGACCAUGUAGACUUUUUUUAAAUACAAAACAUAAUCGUACUGAUUUUCUACUUUUAUUGUAGAAAGUGUCUUAUUUUGGAUGAAAUUAUAGACAUGCACUGUAAAUUGUAGGUGUAGUUGUGUCCAUAAAUUCAACACGGAAAACACCUCUCAGAGGCAUGUGUAAAUAACACCAUUAUACACAGUAAUAAGUACCUGUUUAUCUGGACCAUCUGUUG